GCAGGUCCUGCCUGAGCUGGCCAUGUCUGGGAGAGAGCUGCUGCUGCUGCUGCUGGCGGCAGCAAUGGCGACUCUGGUCGCUGCCGGAGGGGCAGAGCUGAAUGAAGGGGCUGGCCUGAGAAGGCCGGUGUGUGAAGACCUGGCUAACCUGCAGGCCUGCCCCCUCUUGUACUUGCCCAUCUGUGGGACCGAUGGUAAUACCUAUGCCAAUGAAUGCCAGCUCUGCGUGGAAAAAAUGAGAACCAGGCAAGACAUCCAGAUUUUGAAAGACGGGCAAUGUCAAGAUACCUGAGCUUUCUGAUAACUUUUCUGAGCCUAAAAACAGCACUUUUUUUAUGCAUGGCUGGAGGAAAACAGCAUAAGCCAGUUCCCACCAAGAGCUACCAAAAGUGCACAGUCUAAACAAUAAUUUCAAAUCCACAUAACAAAUUGGGAUGCUCUGCACAGAGUAUUAUCUCACCCACACUCCUGCAAGAAAGGCCAUGGGGGAGAAGCAAGAAAUGCAGCUGUCCUGAUGAAGAAGAUGCUGAACAAGCACAGUGUUUUCUCUGUAGGAGUCAAUUUAGUGAAGGGAAAAUAAAGUUUCUCUGG